GCCUUCCCCCUCUUCCAGAGCAUCCCUCGGCAGCGAUGCUGAGCGCCGCCAGCUUGAGCGGGGCGAGAGCCCUGGGCGAGGAAUCGCUGCAGAUGUGGGAGCUCAACAAGCGGCUGGAAGCUUACCUGGGCCGGGUGAAGGUGCUGGAGGAGGAGAACGAGGCGCUGAGAGCCGAGAUCCAGAGCGCCAGGAGCGGCCCGGCCGGGGAGCAGCGGCGGGGCAGGUACGAGGAGGAGCUGCGGGCGCUGCGGGCUGCGCUGCGGGAUGCCUACAGCGGCAAGUGCGCUGCGGAGCUGGCUCGGGACAGCCUCUCCCAGGAGGUGCAGCAGGUGAGGAGCCGCUGCCAGAAGGAGCAGGCGGCUCGGGAAGCGGCCAAGCGGCAGCUGUCGGUGAGCAGGAAGGAGCUGGAGGAGGAGAGGAGGGCGCAGAUCUGGCUCAAGGAGAGCGCCGUGAGGCUGCAGAAGGAGGUGGAAGCGCUGCUGGAGGUGCACGAGGAGGAGAAAGCGGGGCUGGAGCAGGACCUCGCCGGCUUCUCGCAGAGCCUGGAGAGCUUCCGCUGUGCGCCCGUGGCUUUCCAGCCCCUGGAGGUGGAGGAUUACUCCAAGAGGCUCUCGGAGAUCUGGAAAGGGGCGGUGGAGACCUACAAGACGGAGGUGUCGCAGCUGGAGGGUUCCCUCUGCCAGGCCAAGGAGAGCCUCUGGAAGGCUGUGGAGGAGAACCAGCAGAGCCAGCUCCAGCUCCAGCGCCUGGAGAAGGACCUGGCCGGCCUCAAAGCGCGCAAGGAGAUGCUGGAGGAGUCCUUGUCCCGGCAGUGGCAGGAGCAGCGCGGGGAGGCAGAGAAGUUCCAGCUGGCGCUGGAGGCCCUGGAGCAGGAGAAGCAGACGCUGCGGGUGCAGAUCGCCCAGGUCCUGGAGGACAGACAGCAGCUCAUGCACCUCAAGAUGUCCCUUAGCCUGGAAGUGGCGACCUACAGGACGCUGCUGGAAGCAGAGAGCACCCGUUUGCAAAUGCCAGCGGGGGAAUACCGGCUGGCCAACGGCGUGAGAGAUCUCAAGCUGGAGGGGAGCAGCAGCACCAAGCUGGGCCCCGAGGCCAGGAGGACACUGCCCUGGGAGCACCGUGCCAGCCCCUUGCCCUUCACCAGGGCAGAGGGGAGGGGGCAGCCAGGGAAAGCCCCAAGUGAUGCUCUGAGCCCCCAGACCCCAAGCGCGGGUACCAGGGAGCUCCAGCGCAUCAAUGCUGCCCAUAGCCCAGCACCACGGGGUGCCCCCAGCUUCCCUGCAGCAAGCCCUUCACUGCCCAUCCAGAUGCCCCCAGCCCCCCCCAGCCCCACACUGGGGAGCCCAGGGGAGGGUCCUGCCUGGCCAGGGGGAGAUGAGGAUGAGAGGAGCCAAGGGAAGGAUCACCCCACAUCAGAAGCUCUGGAGAAGCCCCACAGCCUGCGGUACCCGGCCCAGCUGGUCAGCGAGGCGCUGGAGGACGCGCUAAAGGAGAUGAAGGAUGAUGCUCAAGCCAAAGAAGAGCCCAUGCUCAGCGCUGCCUGGGCCCCCCGGGAUGCCCCCAGCCCCAUUCCCCACACAGAGGCUGUGGCAGAGGGAGGAGAAGGGCAAGACCUCUCUGAGGGUGAUGAGGAUGGUGAAGCCCCUGAAGCAGAGGAGGAGGUUGUGGAGCUGAUGGUCCAGGGGCUGGGUGUGGAGAGAAGAGCCCAGUGGGAUGGAGCCACGUCCCCUCCUUGUGGCCUUGCUGCUUCCUUAAGUGCCACCGUGAGCCGGGAAGAGAUGGGAGAGUGGGAAGAGGAGAUUCCCCCUGUGCUGAGCCCAAGGGAACCAGAAGUGGUGGCCCAUGAAGAGGACAUGAGCGGCCCUGGCCAGACAGGGACCAGCUGGGAAGAACCAGCACAAGGGGAGGAGGAGGUGGAGGUCCCAAGCAUGGAGGCAUCGCACCCGGAGGAUGAGGCAGAGGAGGAGGAGGAGGGAACAUCCCACAUCCCCUACGGGGAGCCCGGUGACUUCCAGGGUGAGGGAAUGGAUGGGCACCAAGAGGAGUCCCCACCAAGGGAAGCUGCAGCUGCUGGUGCUGCCCUGGACGGAAGCCACCCGGGCCUGGAUGAGGAUGCUGUUGGAGAGCAGGAUGAUCCUGAGCACCAGGAGCCUGUGUGCGAGGCAUGGCAGGAAAGGGGGCAGGAGGCGUGCCCAGCGCAGGAGCCCUGGAGCAUCCAUGGGGCCACCCCUGCGGAGGAGGCUCCAUCGGGGGCUGAGGAAGAUGCGGUGGAAGGGGAGGGCUCAGGCAGGGCUGAAGGUGAGGGAGAAGAGGGGGAGGCCAGCGGGGGGGUGCUGGGGGCAGGACCCGGAGCCCUGGGCCAGGAGGAGCCGCAGGGAAAGGGCUUCAUGGAAGGGGAGCAGGGAAAGGAGCCCCGGGGCAGGGAUGGGGACGGCAGCAGCCAAAAGUCCCUUGCAGAGGACGGGGAGGAGGCAGCGGAGGACACGGAGGGGGCUCUGGGGGCAGAGGGGACCCCACGGAGCACAGGAGGGCUGGAAGGCGAGGACAGAGCUGGAGCAUGGCUGGAGGGAAGCCAAGCAGAGGAUGAGGAAGGGGCUGAGCCGGCCCCGGCGAGGGAUGAGCAGGACGGCUCCAUGGGGCAGGCGGUCCUCACCGGCCCCCAGGGGCGAGGGGAGAGCCUGGAGCUGGUCGAGGCUCGGGAAGGGCAGGAUGAGGAUGCUGAUGAUGAGGAUGCUGAUGCUGAGGAUGCUGAUGAUGAGGAUGCUGACGAUGCUCCCGGCUCCAGCCCCGCAGAGCUUCUGCAGGCACCAGGCAUGGAGAGGGAUGGGGCAUUGGAGGAUGAUGAGGAUGAGGAUGAGGAUGGGGGCUCGGGGGAGCUGGAGGAGGCAGCAGGACCAGGCAGGAGGCUGGAGCUGGAGGACACGCUGCCCGACAGCACCCCCCUGCAUCUCUAUGGAGGGGAGGUGCUGGAUGUGGCCCCAUCCAGCCAAACCCCUCCAGAGGCUGAGGACACCUUGGAGGCAGCAUCUGAAGGAGCUCCAGAGGAUGAAGGGUGGCUGGAAGGGAGGGACAAGCCCCCAUCUCCCAGCAUGGCCCAGAGCCAUGAGGAGGAAGCAGGGGCUGAGGAGGAGGAAGGUUACUUCAUGGUCUCUGCUCCCAGCCAAGAGGUUUCCAGCUCAGAGGAAGCUGAGGACUUUGAAGAGAUCAAAGCUGAAGCAAGCGAAGGCAGCCGAGGUGAUGGGGAAGCUGCCAGAGGAGCAUCCCCAGCGCCAGGGGAUGAAGGGCACUGUGAGGAAUCAGCUGGAGCAGAUGCAGCCAUGAGGAUGCCCACAGAGAUGCUAAAGGAUGAGGAGGAGGAGGCUGAGGGGGGUUCCUCGGAGCCGGAGGAAGGCCCCGUUGUGCCUGGGGCCAUGGGGCUGGUGGCAGGAGGAGGCACUGAGGAACCAGCCCAAGCUGCUGAACCAGAUGAGGAGCUCGAUGGAGCAGUGGAGCCGGACGGUGCUGGAACACCCCAAGGCUGCAGCCUGGGGAUGGACGAGGAGGAUCCCAUGGCUGAGCCCAUCCCUCCGGCAGUGCUCCAGCCCCAGGAGGUGCCGGAUCCUCUGCCACACCAAGCAGAGCAGCACCCAUCAGUUGAGCAGCACCCAUCAGAUGAGCAGCACCCAUCAGAUGAGCAGCACCCAUCAGAAGAGGAGCACCCGUCAGAAGAGGAGCACCUGUCAGUUGAGCAGCACCCAUCAGAAGAGGAGCACCCGUCAGAAGAGGAGCACCCAUCAGAUGAGCAGCACCCAUCAGAAGAGCAGCACCCAUCAGAAGAGGAGCACCCAUCAGAAGAGGAGCACCCAUCAGAAGAGCAGCACCCAUCAGAAGAGGAGCACCCAUCAGAUGAGCAGCACCCAUCAGAAGAGCAGCACCCAUCAGAAGAGGAGCACCCAUCAGAUGAGCAGCACCCAUCAGAAGAGCAGCACCCAUCAGAAGAGCAGCACCCAUCAGUUGAGGAGCACCCAUCAGAAGAGGAGCACCCAUCAAUUGAGCAGCACCCAUCAGAAGAGGAGCACCCAUCAGUUGAGGAGCACCCAUCAGAUGAGCAGCACCCAUCAGAUGAGCAGCACCCAUCAGAAGAGGAGCACCCAUCAAUUGAGCAGCACCCAUCAGAAGAGGAGCACCCAUCAGAUGAGGAACACCCAUCAGAUGAGCAGCACCCAUCAGAAGAGGAGCACCCAUCAAUUGAGCAGCACCCAUCAGAUGAGGAACACCCAUCAGAAGAGGAGCACCCAUCAGAAGAGCAGCACCCAUCAGAAGAGGAGCACCCAUCAACUGAGCAGCACCCAUCAGAUGAGGAGCACCCAUCAGAAGAGGAGCACCCAUCAAUUGAGCAGCACCCAUCAGAUGAGGAACACCCAUCAGAAGAGCAGCACCCAUCAGAAGAGGAGCACCCAUCAGAAGAGCAGCACCCAUCAGAAGAGCAGCACCCAUCAGAUGAGCAGCACCCAUCAGAUGAGCAGCACCCAUCCAUGGAGCAGGAAGCAGGGGAUGCUGACAGCCCUCUCCCAGCUGAGGCCAAGGAGCCCCCUGAGGCUGAGCCACCUCAUGCCAGCCCCGUGCCGGAAGAGGGGGGGUCCCCAGAGGUGCUGGAAGAGCAACCGGAUGCCUUGGAGGUGCCGCUGGACAUCCCGGAGGACCGGGAUCUCCUGGAGCUCGUGGAGCAAGCCCUGGAGUUCAACCAGGAGCUGGUGAUGGGCACGAGGGCAGCUGAGGGCAGGGAGCAGGGCACUGAGGAUGCAGGAGAAGAUUCCUCCCCGACCUCAUCCAGCGAGGAGGAGCCCACGGUGCAGGAGGCAGCGGCGGAGGCGGCUCCGGUGCGGGCUGAGAACGGGCUGCACCGCGCUGCCAGCCUGGAGGACCUGGCUGAGUUCAGCGAGGAGGUGCCCAACGGCAUCACCGGCACGGCUCCGGCAUUCCCUAUGGAGAGCGCAGACCCCACCGCGGCCAUGCCGGGUACCGGAGAUGCCGCCGGCACCAAGGCAGCCGAUGCCACCGCAUGUGGCAAACACGGCGACACCGUCCCCAUCCGAGCCGAGCAGGAGCCCUGCUCCAUGAGGGAUGAGUGAUGGGGACCCCUCCGGUACCCCCCACCCUGGCAUCACCCUGCACCCCCCCCUAACGCUCCUCCAUCCCCUCAUGGUCUUUAACACCUUUGUGUGGGUUUUUGUGUCCCCUCUCCAUGAAGAGCCACCACGGCCAUGGGUCGCAUGCAGGGACCCGGCCCCAUCUCUGCCCCCUCCGGGUGUGUGCUUGUGGCUGUAUUUAAUUGAACCCCAUCUUUUCCCCCUCCCAUCUCCACCCCACGGGGUGCAGCACCCAAUGGUGACACCGCGGGGUCCCCGGUCCCCACAUGGGGUGACCCACACCGGGUGCAUUCACUACCGUGAUGUUAAGUUAAUAAAGCCUCGGCCUUCA